UGGGAGGCCGCCUCAAAUACUUUGCGUCGAACUGGACGGAAGUGUCGAGAGAUCCGUGGAUCCUAGAAGUAGUGGGUAUCGGCUUAUCUAUAGAAUCUUCAGAGCCGGUCCAAACCUUUCGGCCGGGUAGAAUGUCCUUAGGUAUGAGGGAAACCGAGAUUUGUGACCAAGAAAUCGCUUCUUUACCAAGGAAAAAGGCCAUUAAAAUUUCGUCUGAGCCACCAUCCUCAUCCUUUCUAAGUCCUUUCUUUGUAAUUCCAAAAAAAGGGGGGAAGUUUAGGCCGGUGCAUAACCUUAAAAAACUCAAUAGCUUUGUUCUAUACCGUCACUUGAAGAUGGAGGGAAAUUCAAUGCUGAAAAAUAUGGUGAAACAAGGAGAUUGGUUUGGGAAAAUCGACCUUAGAGAUGCAUAUCUCACCGUUCCCGUUCACCCGGCGCACCAACGAUAUCUUCAACUACAAUGGCGCGACAUACUAUACGAGUUUACGUGUUUACCUUUCGGUUUGUCAUCCGCUCCGUGGGCAUUUACGAAACUGCUUAGGCCAGUAGCAGCAUACUUACUGAGGCGGGGGAUACAUUUAAUAAUCUAUUUGGAUGAUAUGCUUAUCAUAUCGUCGAGCAAGGAUAGCCUGACCCGCGACUUUAAUUUCAUUAAAUCACUUCUGGAGUUUCUCGGUUUUCUUGUGAACAUGGAGAAAUUUGUUGGGGAGCCUACCAAAGAAAUAGAAUUUUUAUGUCUCGUAGUUAACUCCGUGGGUUUGUCUGUCGCGUUACCCAAAGAAAAGGUAGAAGAGGUGAUUCGGUUAGGGGAAGAAGCUCUCUCAAAACCGUUUGUAUCCUUUCGGGAGAUGGCUGUAAUCUUGGGAAAGUUUGCAUGGGCAACUAUUGCCGUACCGUUUGCUCAGGCACACUAUAGGGAUUUGCAGACUUUUUAUAUUUCCCAUGCUAUGGAAGGGAAUUUGAAGGCGCUGGUUAAAUUAGCCGAACCCGCUCGACGGGACAUUUUAUGGUGGUCAAAAAACUUACGGGGAGCGAAUGGUAGACCACUAAGUGAAAAUGACCCAGAUUUAGUAAUCUUUUCUGAUGCUUCCCUGUCUGGGUGGGGUGGCUGUUGUAAUGAGGUGAAGACAAAAGGUCCAUGGUCGGGCAUGGAUCGUUUAAGGCACAUAAACGAAUUAGAACUGAUCGCCGCCUUUCACUGCCUUAAAGUUUUUACUAGCCACUCGGCAGAAUUAACUGUACUUAUGCAGUUAGAUAAUGCAACGGCAGUCGCUUACAUAAAUAAGAGAAGAGGGUCAAAAUCGAGGGCCCUGAAUAAAAUAGCAAUGGAAAUAAUUGAUUGGUGUGAAGUGAGACGUUUAAAAAUCCAGGCCGCAUAUCUACCGGGGUGUCAAAACUUUGUUGCAGACCGCGAAUCUCGUCGCGAGACAGACUCGAGCGACUGGAGGUUGUCACCGACGGCGUUCGCCAAGUUAAGGCUAAUCUGGGAGAUGGAGGUGGACCUGUUCGCCUCAGCAUGGAACGCACAGCUGGACAGAUUUGUCAGUUGGUUUCCACAACCGAACGCCUGGAGGAUGAAUGCGCUGGCAUUCAGCUGUAAGGGGUUGAAACCAUACGCCUUUCCCCCGUUUCCACUAAUAAAGGAUUGCCUUUAUAAAAUACGCCGAGAGCGCGUGGAAAUAGUGUUGAUAUGUUCGCAUUGACCGGGACAACCAUGGUUUCCGCUACUCAUGGAGUUAGCAAUAUACAUUCCGAUAGUGUUCCCACAGCACCCACACCUCCUGUUGUCAGCGGCCGGCAAUCCACAUCCGUUAAUCGAAACGGGAGCUUUAACUCUAACCGCCUGGAAGUUGUCCGGAGCGACCUUUCAAGCAGAGGUUUUUCGCCGGAGGUAGUCCACUUACUCCUGGCGGGAGUCCGUCCCACCACACAGACUGCUUACCAGUCCUCCUGGACAUCUUGGAGUGAUUGGUGUGUACGACGGGGUGUCGAUCCCUUGUCGAAUGCUAUAAACAAUGGGUUGGAAUUUCUUUCUUACAUGUUUAAUGGAAAGCUUAUAGUACUGUUAAUAUAGCAAAAUCGAUGCUAUCAGGCACUCUCCCACCAAUAGAGGGCCAAGCCGUGGGCCAACACCAUCUCGUCUUAAAGUUAAUGAGGGGAAUUUAUAAUUCCAACCCGCCAAAACCGAGGUAUGCAGUGACCUGGAGCAUUGAUUUGGUAACAAAUCCUUUAAACACUCUGCCAUCGAAUCCCGAUCUAAGUUUGGCAGUGAUAUUUCGAAAACCGGCGGUUCUGUUGGCCUUUACCUCCAUACUCAGAGUCUCGGAGCUAGCCGCAAUCGAUAGGCAAUCGGUGGUAAUCAGCCAAGGGAAAGCGCAAUUCUCGUUGGUUAAACCACGCAAAGCUAAAAAAGGGGGCGUCUUGCAUAAUUUUGUAAUUCAGAAAUUUAAAAGUAACCCUAACUUGUGCCCGGUGGUAUGUCUAUGUGACUACAUUUUGCAGACAGAAGCACUGAGGAACAACGUAAACAGCAAGCUGCUGUUCCUGUCGCCGGUCAGACCCUACAAAUCUGUUACAGGUUCAUCAAUUGCUAGAUGGAUUAAAACCAUAUUAGGAGAUGCGGGUGUGGAUACGGCAACGUUCAAGGCCCACUCCACCAGGGGAGCAGCGGCAUCAAAAGCGACUAGAUGCGGAAUUCCGGUUGACACAAUCCUUUAAACAGC